CACUGUUUUAUCACUCAUCCGUAAUUAAUGUUUUCUCCUAAAACGUACGGCUGCUUUGGACACAGGUUCUAAAAAUAAUCUUAACUUUUCCAGCUUAAAAAUAGAUAUUUUGAUGUAGCGCAACUCGUACAGUUAUGCCACCCGCAACUUCACAAAACGUUGACUUUUUCCUAGAAUAAAACGAUUACGAUGCGAGAUCGUAAAUAAUGAAAUUUUCGCAAAGUUACUAGUGAAUCGUUAAAGUGGAGAAAUAUCGAUUAGGAUCCAAUAGAGAUUUCACUAAAGAAUCGCAUUUACAGGGCAAGCAGAUACAAAAAUGGACGUGGACACUGAACUGAUGUUCGAAUGUCUGAUCUAUCUCAAUGCAUUCUAUUUUCCUGUAUUUGGCAUAUGUGAAACGAUUAUGACAGCAGCGAAGUAUAACAGUAUUGUAGAUACUCCAGACAUAGUUCAAGAUGCAGCAGUUGCAUUCACAAAGCUGUCCGCAGAACUAAUCAAGAUGGUCAUAUAUAAACGAUUCAAAAAUGUUCGAAGAAAAAUCACCACCGCCAUUGUAGUUUUCUUCACCUUCGUCACAUUUGCAGCCCUAAUAUACCAGUUGUUUUUACAAAAACCAAUAAUGAGGUUAGAAUACAUAUUAAAUUCGAUAACAAUUAUGCUAGCAACGACAGAAAUAGUGUUUGGAAUUCUGGAUUUGCUACCUUGCUGUCAAAAAGUACAUUAUUACUAAAGACCAUCGAUUUUCAUUCAUAUACCGUAGCAGCCGCGCAGGCAGAAGUCAAAAUACCAGGGCACCGCGGCUGCUAUGAGGAGCUUACAGAAACUUUGUUAAUCCGAUUUCUGAAUAGUCUGAGGUUAGUAGAACUGGGAAAAGCCUCCUUAGGUUGUUCCACAAACUCGAUACCCUGGAGUCAAAGGCGCGGUCGUAUCGGCCAGUUUUUUUUUAUAUAUAUAUAUAUAUAUAUAUACUUUGAAGUUGAGUCAUUAAUUUUCAGAUAAUGAUUGUAGAAGCAAGAUAAACCAAAAUAUGUAUGUAAAAAUAAAAAAAAAAUUCAAAAAAAUUUUACCUUGUUUUAUAAAGUAUCCUCCCGACAAGUAAUUCAGUGCGGACCUGUAUUUGAUCGUGCGGUCUUGGAGCACCGGCAUGCCCUCCCCUGUGAGGUCUUAAGUCACCUGAUUCACGAGCCCUUUAUACUUCAUUAACAAAGGCACGGGGGGUUGGUUGCACUCGAUUGGGAAACCGAUCCGCAUAAAUUCGUGAUGCCGCGGCAGCAUUUUGUAAACAUGUGCCAUUUUUUAUUUCGUUUGAGCCACGCAACAAACACCACUAUUCACUCACGCGUUACCGACUGACACAUUGACUGAAUACAACUGAAAGAAAAUUAUAGUAAAAACAUCGCGUUUCAAAUUCUUUCGCUUUUUUGUUUCCGAUGCGAUGAACCGAUAAGGCGGAUUAUAUCCGUUGUUGCCAAACACGAGCACAUAAUAUUAUUAUUGAGACAGGGCGGUACUCAAACUUCUAAAGGGCUAUAACUUUGUUACUUUAAUUUUACCAGAAAAAAAAAUAUUUCUUUUGAUCAGAUCUACUAACUGUUAAAAUAAAUGACUCAACUUCGAAGUCACCCUGUAUAUUCCAACUACCACGAAGGCCUAAGGCCUAAACACCCAUUGGGUACCGUGGGGCUGUAGGGGAUACAGGGGAAAGGGGGAACGCCUCACGGACUCUGGCGAGGGAACACGUGUGCAUGCAACAUGCACACAUUCUGGCUCCGCCUACGAGAUCCGCCGGGUGGUACCUCCGCGUUCGACAGUCAGGGACCGUCUACCACCUACGGACAAUCACAACAUCCAUAGCCAAGAGAAAAAUUUCAACGCACGGCGACUGAUCAGGAGACCGAAGUGUCUACUCUACUGCGGCCACCGUUGCUGCCUAUCUUCUCGAUGUAGUAAGUACGACACGGUUAAAAUGAGAGGCCGGAGUCAGGCACAUCGCGCGACAGCAUCAUGGGGAGUCCUCUGAGGAGUCAAGCCUAUUGGCGUAGCGCUAAAAGAGGGCUAGAUCGCCGACAGCCCAUCGGUGCGAAAGCAUUGAGCAUGGAAAAUGCACCCCAAUCAUGUGAUCAGUACUCGAGGUUUGGUUUUCUCUGUGGCUUGUACAGAGUGAGGAAAUCAUGUGGAGAAAAGUGCUGCUGAGCCUAGCUUUUCUCAGCAGCCGCCUCUAUUGACGUAGAUAGAUGAGUUCGCGCCAAAUCAGGUCCUCGGUGAUCUGGACUCCGACCAGCUGAAAUGAACAGCAAUGAAAUGCCUUUGGAGCUCAUAAUCUGCCAUGAUUUUUACACCGAAACAGCCACGCAGGUAGAAGCCUAAAUGCCAGGACACCGCCGACGUGGCCCAAAGAAACUUUGUUAAUCCGGUUUUUAAACUGCCUAAGGUCAGUAGGACUAGGAAAAGCCUCCUCUUGUAAAUUGUUCCACAAUCCUCGGAACAAAGAUGAUGGAUGUACGAAGUUUUUUGGCUUUGGCAGAACUCGGCCAUCCAUCGAAACCGGAUGAGGAAAAAAGGUCGUUGAUAUCUAAGAUGGACAGUGUCGGAGCCAAGACCGAUCCCUGGGGAACACCCGCGUUGACGUUGUGGGACGAAGAGGAGAACCCAUCAAUUGCGACGGAUACAUUUCAGCCAGAGAGAAAGUCAGUCACCCAUCUGCAAAGCUUCUCUGGGAGGCCAUAGGAUGGAAGUUUGCAUAGCUGAUUGUACGCUUUCAUGAUAUCAAGAGCAUAAGACUGGAUGUGUUUACUCCACAAUUGCAUCAGGUAAGCUAGGAGGUCCCCUGUGAAUCGUUGGUGCCAGAAACCAUACAGCCUGUCGCUAAUCAAGCCGUCACGUUAGAGGUAGUCCAGAAGCUCGUGAUGUAUGCACCUGUCCAUCACCUUACAGAAAGCAGCCUAUAGUUGUAAGGGUCCGUCUUAGAUCCCUUGUUUUGGGAUGGGUUGGACAUGAGCAAAUUCCAGUCUUCUGGGAAGGUGCCGGAGUCGUAAGAUAUCUGAAAGAGACUCGAAAGAACUGGAACAAGCUCCGGUGAACACCUCUUCAAUACAACGGCAGUAAUCAAGUCCGGACCAGCAGCUUUGUUGAUGGCAAGCGACAAGAGCGCGGUCUUAUGCGUGAAUGCUACUUCCCUCAUAAUGUAGGGAACCUUUUAAAUCGUGCGUUGAGGGUCCAUGGUGGAGUUGGCAGCAAAGAUUUUGGCAAGCACUUCCGCCUUAGCCUUUGGGUCGGUUACAAUGAUUCCAUCCUGACACGGAAAUGGUUGAAUAAUAUUCUGUUAAAAGCUCCUUUCAAUUUGCUUGGCCACUGACCAGAAAGACCGACUGCCAUUGCUUUGCAAUAUUACCAUGCGCCUAAUUCUUAUAUCGUGCUGGUCUUUGGCACUGCGGACCACCUCAGACCACUGUUCUCUACGGUUGGGUUUUGUAAGAAGGUUCUGUAUGCCUUGACCAUCGAAACCGGAUGAACGCUAGGGCGCUUAUUGUUAGUCAAGGUACCGUACUGUGAUUAAACAGUUAUGCAUGGAAUUAAUGAAUCUAAACCUAUGCAAUGUGACAAUCAGCAUUCAUUAGAUUUACAUGAUGCAAAUGAUACAAAUCUGGUGAAGUGUAUACUAAAAUACUCCUCUGUUCAUAAUUUGAAAAGAUUCAAUACAGAAAAGUGACACUGAAUUCAAAUUGUGUAUAAAAAGCCUACCUUAUAAGCGGGGAUUCGGCUAUUUUAUGUUUUGAUACCUGUUAAUUAUAGAAUAUUUAAGCUAAUUAUUUGAUUGUUGAAAAUAUUUCCAAGCAACUUUGUAACUAAAUGAAUAAAGUAUUUUUUUAAAAA